AGCAAAUGGCAUAAUUUCGUGAAUGGCGUCUGUCUGAUGCUUGCCCAAAAAACGGUGGCUCGUAUCGCUUCAAAUUUGCAUUUAUUUCCAGUGAAAAAUUGUUUCAAAAUAGUGUAAUUCGAUUGCUAAUCGAUCCGGGCAUAGAUUAAUCAAGUGAAAUGGAAAAACGUCGUGCAACGAGAGGCGGAGGGUCAGUGGCCUCGAGCGUAUCAUCAACCGCUGUUGUUCCCGGACCCGCGGAAAUAGCGAAACGUGGUCGAAAAUCGACAGCCCGCAACAGAUCCCCAUCACCACCCCCAGCUCGUAAACCGUCCCCUGGCCGUAAACCUUCCCCUGGAAGAUCACGAAAAAAUUCACCUCCCAGAAAAGCGUCCCCUGGUCGAAAGGCUUCGCCGGGACGAAAACCAUCACCAGCAAGAAAAGCAUCCCCUGCUCGGAAGGCAUCUCCGGCACGAAAAGCAUCGCCGGCACGAAAAUCUACUCGGAUAGUACCUGUUGCGAAAAGCGUGGUGUCCACAAAAAUCUCUCCUGAACAGAAGGAUGAACCAAGGCGAUCUACGAGGAUAAAAAUUUCCGAGAAUCGGGAUAAAAGUCCAGCACAGAAGAAGCCACUUCGCGACCAGCAUUUAUCGGUCAUUCUUGACGAAACGGAGAGACAACUGAAGAAGAGUUUGUCACCGAAUACAAGUCAGAGGUCAACUGUAACGACGACGGGUCGAAGCCGUCCCUCUGUUUCUCGCUCAGUCAGCGUAGUCAACGAGUCUCAAGAAUUUUCCGAUCAAGAGGAGGUUGAAUUUCAAAGCUUCCACAAAGACGACAAUGGAAUAUCCGGUAAAAAGUCGUACUCCAGGCGAAGUGCUACGAAACAGCUGCAAGAGCUUCGUGAACUCGGUGGUAACUGGGGAGCCGCUGCCGUUAUAUUACUCGUACCAGCUUUCAUUUUCUUCACAAACCAUUUUUGUUCAGGAGCCGCCCAUCGGGACUGCACCUUCAAGAUACCGGAGAAUUUGGACGAGUUUAAGAUGCUAUCUACUUAUUUCAACCGAGAAAUUGGUGUUAUUUUUCUACUGUUCACCUGGGGAAUUGCUUUAGUAACUGCCAUUCCUAUUGGGAAAGCGAUUAAAAUCGUGGACGAUAUUCGAGGACAACAAAACUACACAUUCACCGGACUGUCCUGUGCUUUUUCUGCAGGUUUAGCCAUAUUCGUUGCCGAAUACUGUUACAAAUAUCCGAUAAUCUCGAUCAUCAGUAAAGGCUACAAUCAGCUUUUGGUAAUCAGUUUGGCGUUCGCUCUAAUAACUGCCGGUUUAGCAUUCUUCAAAUCGCGGUACAUAUCGCAGCUAAACUGGAACCCAUACGCGAAGACGGGCCACUUUAUCUCGGACUAUUUUGUCGGGCGCGAAAUAAACCCGCUGGCCUUCAACGUUGUGAAUUUAAAACUGGUCCACUACCACAUCUCAGUCGUUCUUGCCCUCAUCUUUAACACUAUCAUUCUCUAUCGUAAUCUGCAUUUCCCUAUGCUGCCGGCGGAUCAGGAACUAACUUUUCUGGAAAAGAUGACCUUCACGGCGAAAAACUUGGAAUUCGAAGUCACUCCGGUGCUAGUCGCAACCCUCACCAUCCUCUACCUGUUGGAUCUGCUGUCAUACGAACAUCAUCUUACGUUUUCCUUCGAUCUACAAAGCGAAGGUUUCGGUGCCUUGUUGCUCCUCCGAUACGCUGUUUUUCCAUUCACGCUAACCCUGCUGCCGAAGUACGUUGCCGCCCACAAGCUGGCGGAUGUGCCCCACUGGGUUCUCGGACUGGUGGCUCUGCUGGCGAUCAUCGGAUUAAUCAUCAAACGCUCCAGCAACCGGCUCAAGCAUCAGUAUCGACUUAAUCCCCUUGGCGAGAAGUUUAUCGAUCUGGAAACCUUACCCACCUUCCAGGGCCGGCGUCUUCUGGUGGCCAAAUGGUGGGGAUGCAUCCGCCAACCGAACUACGCAGGAGACAUUCUGCAAAAUGUUGCCCUGCUGCCGCUGCUGUACUGGCGCUUCGCUUGGCCUCCGCUUCUGGCAGUUCUUUUCACUGUUGCUCUGCUGAUCCAACGGGCCCAGCGGUUGAACGAUCGAAAUGCUAAGAAGUACAACUCUGCCUGGCAGCGUUACUGCUCCUCGGUGCAAUACAUUCUGGUGCCCAAGGUGUUCUAGAUUUAGCCAGGGGAACGGCUCCCACACAGACACACGGAACGAACCGAAGCGAUUCAAUGCGUUUGUAUAAAGUGUUUUUUCUCGUACAGUUUGUUUGCUAUUUUAGGCUCUAGAGUGACGUUCUAUGUUAGAUAGCACCAAAUCUUGAUGCAGACACAGACACAGAGUUUAGACAAUUAAGAGAGUGCGACUUCACUUGUUCGUAUGUAGAGAUAGACAGCAGGUAGUGUGUAAGCUAGUGAAAUGAAACCAAUCAUUGGUUGCAUAUUAAGGUUGCACAGAGAAAGCGUAAAAUUUGCAAACGAAAAAAGCAGUUUUUUUCAACACCGUAUGUCAGAUCUUCAUAAAAAUCAAUCAGCAGU